AGAAGAUUGGGUGUAAUAACCAUUUUUGCACUUAUAUGACCAAAUUUGCAAACGGAUCAAUUUUAUGGACCAAAUUUGCAUUUUACUCCGGUUUAUUCAUACUGCAAACCAGUCGGAAUCUGAUCUAUCAAUUCAGGGAUAGAUUAGUCAUUCCAUUACAGUUUUCCCAAUUCUCAAACCCUUGCGUGAACCCAAUUUUCUGGUUGCCGCUCUCAAAAGGCAUAGGAGUCGAAUUAAAUCGACUGAUAUCCUGUUACGAUGGCGAAGCGAGAGCUAUCCACUACUUUGAAGAACUUGAAGUUUAUGCAAAGGGCAGCUCAGAAAGAUGACAAGUCCAAGAAAGAAGAAGAGGUCUUACCUGCUGGAGAUUUCGCUUCCUCUGGCGCUGUUAGUGCUGUUAAAAGAUGUGUUGUCGUAGUUGAAGGUGAUCCUCAUCCUGGGGUGUGUAGAGGGCGCAUGUCAUUUUUAAGUUUUAACCCAUCCAUUGAUAAACUCAAUGAUGUAGCCUCUGACUCUGCUGCUACAAGUUCUGAUAGACAAAAUGAAGCAACAUCAAUAAGAGAAAAUGGGGCAAUAAAAUAUAGAUCUGAAAAUGUGGAAUUGGAUGCAUCAAGCGGAGCUGGAAAUGGUGAUUAUAAGAGGAAGCAAGGUGGCGUUGCCUUGGAAGCACAGUAUCCAAAUAAGUCGAGAAAGAAUUAUGAUGACAACCAAGAUUCAACACCAAAUAGUAGCAGUUCUCAGAAACAACAUAAGCGUGAAAAAUUAGAUUGGAGUGUGCUUCGUCCUCCAAAAUAUGAGACCAAAAAGAGGUAAUUGUUUCAGGAGACUUCCAAUUCUGCAUCAAUUCACCCACUGUAUGCUAAAAUUGUUGCUCAUGAUAUUUUCUAGAGUUGUUUGGCCCAUAGAGUUGCCUGAUCACAGUCAAUUUUGUAUUUGAUUUUCACAUUGUAUUAGAUGACCAAUCCUCUAUAAUUUAGACAACUUAAUGCUAUUAACAUCUUAAAUCUUAAUGAUGUCGCUGUUAGUUAUUUACUCUUACAUUUAAAGAUUUUGUAGUGCCUUGCAAUCAAUGUGGAGUUCAUUGCAGUCAGUAA